GAUCUGAGCAAAGGAAGUAGCCCGAGUACUAGAAGGAAGUUCCAGAAGGCAGCCCGGGCCGUUGACAAGCUUCAGAUGGACCUGGUUCUCAAGAAGGCUCGUAUUGAAGCCCUUAAGGCUGAAUUGGAGCGCAUCAAGCCUAAAAAACGAAGGAAAAUUCCUAACCCGAAUAAGCAGUUUAUGGACUUAGGGACUAUUUUACUAGGUAGCCAGGUUGACGCAGAGCCGGAAGCAGAGCCUCAAGCAGAGCCAGAACCUGAUGAGAUGGAAGAGGAAGAAGAGGACGAAGAUGAUGACGAUGACGAGGUUUUGCCGGCAAAAUGACCCGAUCUGGCUGUGCAACACGAAGGCCGGCUCGCUAUGAUGAUUUAGCAUGUAAUUGCCUAUAUUUUGCAAUAUUUGGCUCGCGAAUUGCUUCAGGAUUGGCUGCAUAGUCGUUGUUCAGAUAUCUACUAUUUGGUG